AUGGCGUUCCCUAGUUUGGCAUUCAUAGGGAGCUGGAUUAUGGAAUACCAUGAUACUCCACGAGAUCAGGACCUGGAAAAUUUAAUUGAAGUAAAUUCUAAUGUACCCAAAAAUAAGAAUGGAAGGCGAGAAGGCCAAGUCAAUGGAUUGACUGAUGCUCCCAACAACUGGUCCACCAGAACGACUACCCAUUCUUAUGAAGCUAGGAAGAAUUUCAGUUCCAAUGCUGACACCGGGCCUGCAGGACCAAAGGAUACUGUUGUGUACACGAGAACAUAUGUGGAGAACAGUAAAUCACCAAAGGAUGGCUACCAGGAGAACAUUUCUGGAAAAUACAUACAGACUGUUUAUUCAACUUCAGAUAGGUCUGUCAUUGAAAGAGAUAUGUGCACCUACUGCCGAAAGCCCUUGGGCACAAAAACCAAAAUGAUUUUAGAUGAAUUACAAAUUUGCUGCCAUUCCACUUGCUUCAAGUGUGAAAUAUGCCAACGGCCUUUGGAAAACCUGAGAGCGGGAGACAGUAUUUGGAUUUAUCAACGGACAAUACACUGUGAACCUUGCUACUCCAAAGUUGUGGCAAAGUGGAUUCAAUAAUUCUGGCACAUGGAAAUCAAGAUGAAAGCAUUCAUUAAGGAAUUAAAAAAUUUUAUUUUAAGAAUAUGUAAUUUAGAAAAGCUUUUACUCUGAAGAUUGACUUUUGUAUCCAAUGAACAAUUCUGCUAUUGCAUAAAUAACAUAAUUGCCUUCAAAAAGGUCAUAUACAUAAAGGGAACCAUCUGUUAUCUGGAUAGAUUCAGUCAUCAAAAAUUCAAGUGGUUUCAGUUACCAAUGUCAAAGGAAUGAUGCUCCUGAUGGCUGUGAGCAUCGUCACCCCAAGCAGGUCCACCCCUGUUCCAUUAAGCUGUGCAUCAUGAUUUCUAUUAUAAACACAUUUCUCAUUGUCUCACCUUUGUUUGCCUAAGAAUUUGGAUUUGUGGACAUUAUUGACAAACUGUCAAGAAAGCAAGAUAUGU